UGGCCACCAUCCUACGUGGAUCAAUAAUAUCCUGUUUGGCCAGUUUAUUAGAUUAUGCCGCAACUGUUCACUUUUGGAGAACUUUGAAGAAGAGUCUUUGGAUCUGUGCCAACGAUUCCUGGACAAGGAUUAUGACCCGGAUAUUAUCUAUCGGGCGUAUCAGAAGGCGAGGAAUCUUAAUAGAAGUUCCCUUAUCAAUUCUCUUAUUAAGAAGGAGGCUCUAGCAACACCACCUUCACCAUCGGUCCAACAUUUGAAGAUUUUAUCUUUAUUGGAAAAUCAAGUUCCCAGAAGAAGAAGAGAGCGUUGA